GUUGUACGUACCAGUCUUGGCAGUAGUACCAGCAAAGCAAGAUCGAUCACCACAUCCAUGAACUCCUUCUCCAGGUGAAUUCGAGCGAGUUCUGUGCUGUAGGAUUCCGGAGGCUCUGACUUCGGCAGGUAGCUACUUUCGUAGCCAUGGCUCAUCCAGUUCAGGCCCCUGCCAUGGCUGACAAGAGCUCGCUAGCCAGCCAUGUCCUGCUUUCCUCCCUGUCGACUCCCCGCGUGCAGCAGCCCAAGGUCAGAGCCGUGCACCAGUCACAUGCUGCUCCAGCGCCGUCAGAGCCUCGGUCUUGUUCAAAAUUAGCGACGCCGUUUCUUCCCGCGAAGCCCUCUCUUCUUCGCCAGACGCAUGUGCAGCAUUCCAGCACAGUCCAGGCCUGUCGGCCGCUCCUCGUGCCGCCAUCGUGCAGCGGUCAUGCCUUCCACACGUCCUCCGCUUCAUCUAGACCGUCCGUCGCUAGCCACGCCUCGAUCCCCGCCGCGAGCCCGCCGACUAUCGAUUCCUCAGUUAUUGACGACGCUGCACGCGAGGGGUCGCAGCAGGGCGCCGCCCAUCCUGGCAGGGAUCUGCUGCUCGGAAAGCGAUCGCUCUCGCGGUCCCACGUGGCGCGAGCUCUGCCGAUCUCGAUACACGACGUGGAAGGGCCGCUUCGCGACAUGCUGUUCGCGACGAUUGGCGCGGCGACCGCGCUCAUGGCAUCGGGCUGCAUCGCAUGGCUGACGAAGAGAAAAGAGUCCAAGGUGCUCGCCGAGGCCAAGGAGCGCGGCCCCGCCGCCUUACCCGAGGUGCCGCCAGCCGCGGAUCCCAGCAGCGCAAUGGGCGGCGCGGAGGUGGGGGUGGGGGGGCAGAAGGAGUCGGUGGAGUGGGUGAACAUGGUGCUGCACAAGAUGUGGAAGGUGUACCGCCGCUCCAUCGAGGCCUGGCUCGUCGGCCUGCUACAGCCGGCUAUCGACACGCUCCCGCUGCCCGCCGUCGUCACGCGCGUCGAGAUCGCCGAGUUCAGCCUCGACUACGAGCCGCUCGCCGUGCGCAACGUGCAGCGCCGCGCCAGCCGACGCGCCAACGACCUCCAGUACCACGUGGCGCUGCGUUACACGGGCGACGCGCGGUGCCUGCUGCUGCUGCAUCUGCGCGUGGCGGGGGUGGACUUCUCAGUGCCCGUGGGCGUGCACGACCUGGACGUGGACGCCGAGUUGUGGGUGAAGCUGCGCCUCACGCCGCGCAAGCCGUACGUGGGCACGCUCUCCAUCGCCUUCGUGCGCCUCCCCACCAUCAAGCUCGUGCUCGCGCCCUUCCGCAUAGUUAAUCUGUUUGCCAUCCCGUUCCUCUCCAGUUUCCUGUCCAAGCUGCUGACAGUCGACCUGCCACGUCUGCUCGUGCUGCCACGUCACAUCACCUUCGACUUCCUGCCGGCCGGGGAGGACCCCCAGCAGCACAUGGCGGCGGCGGCGUCCGCCAUGGUACUGGAUCUGCUUAAAUCGGAGACGUUCACGGGGCUGGCGGGGCAGCGGCCGUCGUCGGCGGCGUCAGGGCUGGUGCCGACGCGCAUGGAGCCCAGCGACUCGUUCGUGGGCGAGCUCUCGGUCACGCUGUGCGAGGCGCGCAACCUGCCGUCCUAUGGCUUAUCAGUGUGGAGCAACCCGUACUGCCGCCUCAUGGUGGGCGACGUGAUGGUGGAGAGCAAGCGCAAUAGCGAGACGUCGCACCCGUCGGGCGCGCGAGACCCAGUGUGGAACCAGGACUUCCACUUCUGGGUGGAGGACCCCGUGGGGCAGAAGCUCACCGUCAUGCUGCGCGACUCCAUGGCGCUCAACCGGAACAUCGGCUUCGUGGAGGUGCCCAUCUGGCAGCUGCAGGACUGCGUGCCGCUCUCCAUGUGGUUACCACUGUUACAAGACGGCCCGUUCGGCGUCAAGCCGGCAGCACAGGGCGAGAUCCGCAUUCUGCUCACGUACAAGUCGUACGUCGACAGAGACGAGUCCUCCAACUUCAGUAGCCCCAGCGGCGUUGGGGUAACUGCCAUUCCGGCCCCCACCGCCCCCAUUGCUUACAUAAAAGUGUUUGGCGAGAGUGAUUCGGACAGUGACAAAGGGGGGGUGGUGGUGGAGGGGGAGGAGGAGGUGGGGGAGGUGGAGGAGGAAGCAAUGCGGGCGCUGCAGCAGGAGCGGGAGAAGAAGGGGCUGGAUAAGAUAGCAGAGGCUAGCAUUACGGAAGUGGUGGCCAGUAACGAGGCGGAGGUCAGGGCAGAGGAGGGCGGCGAGGGGAGCAGUGGGGGUAGUAGUGAGGCUCAGGAGGAGAAGAAGCCGUCAUUAGUUACUGUUGCAGGCGUGGUAGGGUCAGGGGCCGUGGCAGCUGUGGGUGGAGUGCUGAGCGGUGCAAAGGGGUUGGCGGUUGGGGCGGCAGGGGCAGUGGGAGGCGCAGUGGGGGCAGCAGGGGGGGCGGUGGCAGGAGCAGCAGGAUGGAUGUUUGAGAGUGUGAGGGGCGCUGCUGGGCAUGUGCUGAGGAACAGGACGAGUGAUGAGGUUUACGCCGAGAGGGAUGGAGGGGAGGAGGGGAAGGCAGCUGCACACGAGCUCUCCGCAGCUGCGAGGGACGGAACAGGCUCGGAUCCCGAACCUGAGAUCCGCAUUCGAGCGUUUCCUGUGAGUGACUGGUCGCCACCGAAGCAGCAGGGUGAGGCUCGGCGGCAUGCGGCAUAUGAGGCGGAGGUUUGGGAUGUGGUUCGGCAGGAGCAGAGCGAGGCCCGGAUGGCAGAGUGGGACAUAGAGAAUACGGCUGAGCGGCUGUGGAGGCUGGAGGAGAGGCGGAGGAGGAGAGAGAUGAGAGCAGAGAGGGCGAGCAGCAGUGAUGGUGGUGCUGCUGAUGACAGGGAUGGGUCGAAUGGGGGGAAGGAUGCAGCAGCAGUGACGGGAAAAGUCAAUGGCAAGGUGAAUGGGAGGAAAGUGAAUGGGGAGGCUGCAGAGGUGGCAGAGGAGAGGGGAAGGUUGGAUGCAUUUGGGUCGUUGAAUGGAGCCAUCAGUGACUUCUUUGAUUCCAUGAGCCGGUAACAGCUGCCCCUCUGCACUGUCUGCACACCCAUGCCUUCGGAGUUGAGAAUGGUGAGUUGCUGUUGGGCAAGGGCGGAUGCUACAGUGCGCCAGGAGAUGGUCGGCACAGUCCCAAGUGUCAGUGUUUAUGUUGCUGUAGGAUAAAUUUUUACGCUGUGGUGGCUUACAGCUGCUACUUGUGUGGCUCACAGCAGCAUCGUAUACGGUUCUUGCUUUGGCUGCCCUGCUCUGCCACUUGGUUGAGUUUUUCAUACAGCCCUUCCUGGAAUUGCGAGCCAUGGGGGAAAAUGUAGUCCUUCCAAGUAU